AUGAGUUCCAGUGAGAAGGUGAAGGAAUUGUUUUGGCGUUCCAACUCGAUGGAGGAAGCAGAUGAUUCCGGGAUGCAAACAAAGUUGCGUCUUUAUCCACCGACCUGUAGACAGACGGCACAAAUGACUUUAAAGAUUGGAUAACCGCAUGGCAACCAAUCCACAGUAGGGCACAGAUGGGCUAUUUUGGCUGAAUCCAUUGAAAUGUAUCUGACGUCAAAUAAAUAUAUCAUUACAACGACAACAAAGCAGCGAGGGGGGGGGGCUCAGAUUAGGAUGAUGAGCGAUGAUGGCACCCGAGACUUACCACUGGCAGUUACGCGAUUGAGUGGGACAGACGACUCAUUAAAUAUAUUAAUGCCGUCCACCCGUCCACGCCCUUCCAACACACAGAGAGAAAGAAAAAAGAAAGGGGGGAGCAAAGAGAUGCAGCAGCAGAGAUAAGAGUCAUCAUUUGCUCAGUACUUUACGCCUUUUGCAGAAGCCAAACAUUAAAGAAAGAGAAUAGCCAGCUGACCCACAUAAACACACACAUACACACCCCUCCCCCUAUAAAUGCCCUCCAAAUUAGUAUGUUUGGAAUGCGGGCUUAAACCUUGUGCAGUGUUGGUGUGGUGUCACAGCAUGUACUCGCUCCCACUCCAGUAAUGAGCAGAGCUCCGCUUGGUUUUGCCUGAGAGGAAGGGAGAGAAAGCAACCGGGGCAACCUCUUCCUGCUCAUCUCGCCCUCUCGCUCCUUCCGCUGGUUCAGAAUCUUCUGGCGCGUGAUGGAUGCUCACAGCAGAAGCCUCUGCAGCGGCAGCAGCGGCCACGCUUAUUACCAGGGGAAUCAGGAUCAGAUCUCCUUCUUGCUGGGGCACCUUUCGCCCACUUGUUCUUCCUACCCUUCUUCGGACUUCCCACUGGCUGGUGCGGAGGAUGGCUUUGGGGCUGUUGGGUCCUCCCUGCUACAUUCCAGGAUGAAGUCUCCGGAUCAAGAUUUGGACUCUCUUGACUGUGAGAUCGAGGUGUCCGAGGAGCCCCCAAAGCUGGCUCCGGCUCGGACUUCCAGCUCCAAGAGAAACAGGGCUGCAGAAGUGCACAACUUGUCCGAGAAGAGGAGGAGAAGUAGAAUCAAUGAGAAAAUGAAGGCUUUGCAGAGUCUGAUUCCCAAUUCCAGCAAGACAGACAAGGCUUCGAUGCUUGAUGAGGCCAUCGAAUAUCUCAAGCAAUUACAGCUCCAAGUACAGAUGCUUUCGAUGAGGAACAGCCUAAGUCAACAUCCAAUGUUCUUGUCUGGAGGUUUGCAGCCUUUGCAAGCUUUGCCAAUGGGUAUUGAUUUUGGUCUGGGUGCCAACAGAGCAGUGACCGCUGUAGGCAUGCUGCCCCUAAACCAAGUAUCAUCUGUUCCGAACACGUUUGAUCUGUCACCGUCGUCCAAUCAAUCUGCUUCCAUACCAAGUGUUAUCAAUAUUACUAAGCCAGAGACUCCAGUUGCAAUGGAGCCAUCGCAGUCCCACCAUGGAUCUUUUCUAUUGCCUGUGUCCAUCGAGGAGAUUCUAACACAAGAAAUGAUAACACAACAGCAGCCAGAUACUAGACAUUCUCCAAGGAACCUCACAGGUGAAUCAUCAAAGACUCCACCUCGCUUUUUCAACAUAGAAAAUGAGGUGAAUUCCAUGGCUGCCGAUGCUGCCCAACAUCCCGGAGGGCAAGCAUCAUCCUCAGUGGGUGCAGACCAUGUUGCCGAAUGCAUGUUAGGUAGAGUCAGGUUGCAAGAUGAGCCAUCAGAAAAGGAGGAAUUCAUCCAGCAAUUGCGUCGGUAAUUUCAAAUUUCUGUCACUUUCAUGCCUGGAAAUUUUUGGUGGUGAUUCCUUCAUUCGCUCUGACCUCAACCAGCUUAUAAGCACAGGGAAAAAAUUUCCCCCAGUGCUCAUUGCAAAGAUGCAGUCUCUCAAAGAUUUUGAGGUGCACCAGUUUGGCUGUUGAAUGCUUUGCAAACCCUUAUUAUUUGCACUUGGAAGUUGUAAUGAGGCCUUGACUCGUCCAACCCUUUUGCAAAUGUUUGAUAGAAGUAACCUGGACAUCUGUGUUCACUUGUAAGCAGCAGUUAUUCAUAGGAGGAUAGAUAGAAACAACGGCUACUGGAUUGACCACAAGGAAUAAUACCAUAUUUCAUUGCUAGAGUAA